AUAAUAAGUUUUUAUAAACAUAUGAAGAAAAUUAAAUAUGCAGAUAUUACAACAUAUUCGCUUCAUCCUGAUGUGAUUUUAACUAACAUAGCCCAUUUGAAUACCGGUUUUUCCAUCUCAACUCUUAUCAUAAAUACACUUUCGAGGUUAAACGGAAUAACAGCCGAGCAAGGCGUUACCAAUGUUCUAGUAUAUCCUGCGUUUUCUCUAGAAACAGGAAAAUAUUAUGAUGAAGGCAUUGAACAAGAGCCAAAUAAAAUAGCGAAUAAUCAAGAAAUCGCAAAGAAACUAUGA